GCGGGGAGCGCGCGGCAUGAGCGCCGCCGAGGCCGACCGCUGGGCGUGGCUGCUGGUGCUCAGCUUCGUGUUCGGGUGCAACGUCCUCCGGAUCCUCCUCCCGUCCUUCUCCUCCUUUGUGUCCAGGGUGCUACAGAAGGAUGCGGAACAGGAGUCGCAGAUGCGGGCAGAGAUCCAGGACAUGAAGCAGGAGCUGUCCACCGUCAACAUGAUGGACGAGUUUGCCAGAUAUGCCAGGCUGGAAAGGAAGAUCAACAAGAUGACGGACAAGCUCAAAACUCACGUGAAAACUCGAACAGCUCAGUUGGCCAAGAUAAAAUGGGUUAUAAGUGUUGCUUUUUACAUAUUGCAAGCAGCCUUAAUGAUCUCGCUCAUUUGGAAGUACUAUUCCGUCCCUGUGGCCGUUGUGCCAAGUAAGUGGAUUACCCCGUUAGACCGCCUGCUGGCUUUUCCUACCAGAGUAACAGGUGGCGUUGGCAUUACCUGUUGGAUUCUUGUCUGUAACAAAGUGGUGGCCCUUCUUCUCCACCCUUUCAGCUGAAGGGACGUGAAUACUUGGGUUAGCUUUAAAAACCAGACACAGAAGUACACAGGUUUUCUUUGGUUGUUGAAUAUGUUUGUUUUGGACUUUAUAUGAGAUUCUUGUAAGAAUCAUGAUUUUCAAUACUCGCUGUUGAGCCACAAGGGUCCGUUUAUGACGUGUGUGUACAACCAACCUGGUUCCAGAUGUGUAAGAAGAGUGGACCACUAUGUAUCGUCUAGUUGCUGGUACUUGUAACUUGUGCUUUCAGCAUAUUUUGGUCCUGUGAUGAGCUGGAAUGUCAGAACUUUCCAAUAUUUGUGCUUAAAAAACAGUGCUGCUGUAAGUCCAUUGUAGAAAGUAACUUAACUUGAAUCCCACUACUGAAUUUGAAUCUUUGCCUUUAAUCUUGGGCAGCCAGACACUGCUUGUGCUUUUCCCUUCUGUGACCUCACUUGUUGGACAGGCUUUUGUGCCUCAUGUAUGAAGUAUGUUAAAACAGUACUACUUAUUGGAACCUCUUAAUUUUUUGUUACAGUAUUUUAUAAAUGUAUCCAUGAGACCAUAAUACACUGUUUUAUGCUUGAAUUGUUUUUUUUUAAGACACUUCAAAUGACAUGUAUUUUUAAAACAUUUAGUAUUUAUGUUCUAUAGGAUGAAAUAAAGUUAAAACAGUGAAGUAGGGGCUGAUUGUGUUAAUCCGAAGGGACAUCUGUUUGACCUAUCAAGUAUAGUUCUGAAGCGCUUCUUCUAGUGAAAGUGUCAUAAUGCUUCCGAGGCCGUCAUCCUUCCAGCCCCAUCUGCUGUGGGCAGUCCUCACUGACAGGUGGCUGGGGGCUUUGGCUCUUAGCUCCAGGGAACCACAGCCCAGAAAAGCCACAUAUUAUUCUAGCACUAGGGUUAGAAAGAUCAUAUCUAUAUUCUCGUGUUUCCUAGUGAUCUAAUGAAUAGCUAGUUAGUGACUAAUUAGUAAUUAUUUUGACUAAUUGUACUGUGAAAAGGCCGUUUCUUUGGCAUUUUGGUUUAUUGAAGACCCCAAAUCCACCAGAGCAGGCUUGAGCUCCAACCUGACUUAGCCAGCGCCAAGGUUACAGUAGUGUAUGUGUUUGUUAAUGUUGGUGCAUGUGCUUUUAAGACUUUUUAAAAUGUGUGUCACAUAGCAUUGGAGGACCUGGAUGCCAGCUUCUGGCAUCCUCCCCUGCAGGAGACAUUGUGGAUGAGAAGCCCGCCUGAGGACUUCGGAGCUGGCCCAGUGGAGCUGCAGAAUCUCUGGUUUCCUCCAUAGCCUUCAGCUCUCAGAGAACUUGCUCCGCGUUCCUUUUUUAGUUUGCUGCAGGCUGGAGUGGCAUGUUGUCCCUGGGCUCCACUUGAAUCCCCAGUGAGAAUAGCAUAUCCCUGCGCAGACCCUUCUGUCUUAGGUGUGUGCUUUCAGACCUCUGCAGGAAAGGAAAGGACAGACCUUGCUGAGGCUGGAGCGCAGAGUCCACAUGCAUAAGAUUGAGAAGGUGUGACAUACCCUUCGGGCUUCUCCUCACUGUAUACCCCGAAAAACCAGAAAUAAAAUAAAUUAAAAAGGGGGGAUAGUA